AUGACUUUCAGAUUACCUCGAAAAAGAUUAAUCCCUAUCAUUUUGGCAUUAAUGACAUUGAUUCAAUCGAUAUUUGGACUAGCCAGUCGAGGAGGGUGGUUUGGCAUUCCGAAUUUUAUGAAAAAGAGCAAUGGAGUUGACGGAGGAGGAAGGACAAGGGACGAUGGUUUCCCCUUUUCGGAAGACGACAAAUUAUCAGAUUGGUCGGCGAAUUUCCUGAAAUUAUCGAAUGAAGAGAGAAUGAUUGUUGAGCACGGACAUGCAGCGUUAGCUCGAUUCGAGAGAAAACAAGAUUGCUUCAAGGAAGCGGCAUCGAUGUUGAAGAAUGGAUGUAGAAAUGUGAAUUUUGACGAUAACGAUAAGAUCUUGUGCAAUAUAACCAUAUUCAACGAUCCUUUCUUUUUGACAUCGUAUUGCUCCUGUCGUUAUCAACAUUCAGAUGCGGUGCGAUUGACAAAAUGCGAAAUCGCGACCGCAAAUCUUGCGGCGCCGAUGGAAUGUGAUGAGUUUGAUGAAGACGUUAAGCGCGAAUACCACAAUUAUGGACAUCUUACUCUGGCUACUUUCGUGAAGUUUGUACGUAAAUUUGAUCCGUGUCAAUUAUGGUUAAAGAACGAGGUAAGUCAAAUGUACAUGUACAUGCCAGGAGAAACAGAUGAACCAAAAGGAAUUUUCUUACUUUCUGACAUCCCAUUAUUAGAUUUACUCGAAGAGCUUCACAGAAAUAUCACGCACAACCAACUUAUGAAUUACAACAUUUUACGAGUACAACAGCGUGAGAUGAUUUCCUGGCGUAAAGAGGAAAUGUUAAAAUUGGCUCAACUAGAGAAAUUUCAAAUGAUGAUCUUUGAUAAUGUCAAUGAGAUUGAGAAAACUACAUCUUUGGUUGUAGCAAAUAUGAUGACACUCAAGGAUAAUUUGUCAGAGACCCAGGAUAUCGCUCAGCACACCUUGGGCCGGUUGUCUCGGCUGAAUGAGGAUCUCGAGUUAUAUCGAUCGAACUCACAAAGAACAUAUGAAGAUAUCAAUCGACAGUUGAAGCAUUCUAUGGAGUAUAACGAAAACAUUAUCAAAAGUAACAUUGAGAAACUCGCGCACAUCCUGGAAAAUUUGCGGUCCAUCGAAUCUAACCUUCUUGAGAUGUCCACGACUCAAGAACAAGUUCAAGACGACAUGAAAGAGUACAAGGAUAAACACCGCGAAUUGUCGAGUCAAUGGGACCAAACUCUAACCGAGGCCAAGAAAAACUUUCAAUUGCUGAUGAACUUUUCCCAAAAUGAAAUUCAGUUGUUAGCACAAACCGUGUCAGAUGCACGUGAGAGUCAAAGGAAUAUUGUCAAGAUUUUGAGACCAUUGGCGUUCAUAAUGGAUUUGAUGAAUUUGAUCUAUGGCUCGGUUUCUUACGGGAAUGCGGUGAAAUAUGUGAUACCGUGGUUAUCAUUCCCAUUAUUCAGGUCCCUUAUUUCUCGGACGGGGCUUAAUGGGAUAGUAGCUCUCGUUAUUUCUUUCAGUGUGCUAGCGUUAUAUCUCUAUACGGAUAAUAAUCUCGUUUUUUUGGCGUCGACUUUCGGAGUCUUAUUAGCAACCCUGAUCAUCAAACAUUGGAAUAAAACCAAUACCAUCGCACCGAUUUUGAAACCGUCUGCUUCAUGUGAACCACCCUCUUUUAACAACCUUUUGAAUAGGCGGAGAAUACCAAGAUUUGCCUCUUCGAUGACCCGAAACGGUGGAAACAGUGCAAUUCACGUGUUAUCCGAGGACAUAUUGGGUGAAGGAAGCUUCUCAAACACUAGAUCCCGAAGACCCGGGAGAAGCUAUUUUCCUUAA